AAAACUAUGAAAGGAAAAAGAAGGGAAAAUGCUUGAGGAAAUUGAUUCCGAAGAACCCUUUUUUCAUUUGGAUGUUCUCGAGUCCAUUCGCUAUCAUCUUCUUGACGAUGACAUGUACCGUCGGAGAUCGAGCUACGCUGGUCUUUUGCUGACGGAGAGUUGGAGUGAAGACCUCCCGCUAAGGGUCGACGACUCCAAGGACAUGAUUGUGUACGGUGCGCUGCAAGAUGCACACGACUCGGGGCGGAUCCCUUCUAAUCAGCAACUUGGUUUCGAGGCGGCAGUGACAGUUGAUCAUGGCGUCAUUGAUGAUAUGGCACAGGAGACGGGGCCGGUGAAGAAGGUGGAAGAGAGGCGCUAUAGAGGGGUGAGGAGGAGGCCUUGGGGCAAAUACGCGGCAGUGAUAAGAGACCCCAAGAAGAGUGGAGCCCGGAUUUGGCUCGGGACCUACGAGAUGCCCGAGGAUGCAGCAUUGGCCUAUGACCGGGCUGCUUUUAAAAUACGGGGUUGCAAGGCCAAGCUCAACUUCCCUCACCUCAUCGGAUCGGCUGAAUACGAGCCCAUUGGAGUCAACCCCAGGCGGCAGUUGGCCGACCCUUGCUUGCCCUUGGCCACAUCGAGCGAUGGUGGCUCACUUAGGACUUCAAAACGGCGAAAGAGCGAUGCCGAGCCAGAUUUCAAUACGACAUUUCCGACUUUGGACGUGGGCACAUCGACGGUGGAUGGAAUAGUCUUUGUAUGAUUAUAGAUGGAUUGAUGGAAUGAUAUGACAUUCCAGCUUCCACAAUCAAUAUAGCCUUACUUUAGCUUUUCAGACACAUUAAUUAUGCGGGCUGUCUAUUUUUGUUUUUCAGCAAAAGUGGUAUGGUCUAUGAUUUUCUUUUUAUAACGAGUAUCCCACAUGUAAUCCCUACCAUGGACCAUCUUCUUCCAUU